AAGGGGGCAGACCUGGUGCCUCUCCAGACCCCCUCACCCUCCCCAGCAGCAAGCCAGCUUAAGUAACCAAAACGGACUGGCCACCAAAUUGACAGAGUCAAUUUCCUUUCCGUUUCCUACUCCCAUUAUCAAGGCUUGGACUUGACUCCCGGGCCUCCCAAACCUGUGAUUUUUCUGGAGGACUUAGAAAAACAGAGAACUGAGCUCCACUGUCAGUCUUAUGCGGCAACCCCAUAGGAUCACAAAGCUCUCCCGGGUGUCCCGCCGCAGGUUUGGGUGGGAAAUGACCAACGGCCAGCAGCCUGGACUCCUGGUGCUCCCUUCCUGGGAGGUCCGCAGGUGUCCGGGGUGCCCUGUCUACCGCACAUUUUGACCCAAAUUUUGUCCCCCAUCGCCCCAUUAACCAGGGAGCUCAGCCCUCGGCACUGCCCCACUGAGGAGUCCCAGACGCUCCUGCCCGGCUCGCUCUGGAAGCUUCUUCAGCACAGAGCCCAGGUGCGGCUGUGGGCAGGGGGAGCCAGCCCGGCCGGCCAGCAAGCACAGGCCUCAUGGGGCUUCCUUGGGCCCAGUUCUCAGCUCCCCUGGCCCUCCACUCUGGUACCUGGGACACACCAGUCUCCAGGAGGAAGAGGCAGUCACAGGACCGGCCAGAGCCCUAAGGAGCUAGAUGGCCAGGCUUCAUCCCCAGUGGCCUCCCACGGGUUCCAGGACCCUGGGCCAGCGUGUUGCCUCUCCGUUGACUCCCGGUGAAGUGAAGGACGUUAUUAAAGAGUCUGGAGUGACACCUGGCCGGAAGAAAGUGCCGCAUCCACAUUUGCUGUUAUUUUAAUAUCAACGUGGCUACAUUUUCUCCUACAGUUCUGGCGGCAGAGCCCAGGGCAGAGCAGCCAAGGGCGCGAAGCCCGAGCCCUGAGCUCACUCCAGGGUUCUGGCAACAAACAGCGUGGCCUUGCUCGGAGGAGGCUGACUGUGGGAAUGCUGAAGAGGAAAGGCACUCGCUGGACCUGUCCAGGCCUAGAGCAAAGGCCCGGGCGGCCCACCCACGGGUAUUUAAAAACAACAACAACGGAGAGGAAAGUGCUGAAUGACCGUUUUCCAGGCACAAGUCCCCCACUGAGGGGCUCCCCCAACUGGGGAGCUUAGCAUUGUUUCCCUGGCGGUGUCCUUGCCUUUCCCAGAACCCCAACUUCGGGUAAGGUCUUUUGCCCUGUGGGAAGAGGGCCGACCUCCCCUCUGGGAAAGCUGGGAAGACGGAAGCCACGCCCCAGUGACUCGGAGGGGCCCCCCAUCAUCUGGUCCACCAGAUCCCCUCACCUCGCUCAGCAGGGGCAUCCUGGGAGCCUGGGCUCCAUGGGUCUCUGCGCCCCCAGGUUCCUGGGCCUGGGUGAGCUCUGCCCACAUUCCCAGUGGCCGGGCCACCCGCCUGCAGGGGAGGUUGGUGCCAGCCUCACUUCCUGGAGAACCUUCCCCGACCUCCCAGGCUAAGUCAACAAGCCUCCUCUCACUUGGGUUUCCUAAACACCUUGGAACUCCGCUUGACAGCCUGCGUAAUCUUCCAUGAUUCCGGGGACCCUCCACAGCUGCCAUGACGGCAAGGAUCAGGGACCCCCUGUGCACCCUUAUCUCAGCCCCAGGCCACUGCUCCGAUUGGAAUGGAGGAGGGUACAGUCUCAGGGCUGAGCCCUGCGUGACCUGCCCACCAGGUGGCCCUCGGGUAGGAGCCACUAGGAUUCUUCCUGACCAGGCAUGCUGCCCGUGCGUUGGAAAAGGGGAUUGGGGCUUCGCUCAAUUCUGGGCCACUGUGCUGUGCCCUCAGGGCUCUGGACACCCAAGCGCCCUCUGGGCUGGGGACGGAAGAACUCUGGAGCCAUAAGGCGAUUCUUCCCCAAGGCCCGUGGGUUCGCCGCCCAAGACAUCCACUGCCAGGCUGGUGCGCUCCGCCGCGCGGCCACCGUCCGAGUCCCGCUGGACGGCGUGCGUUGGACGGAAGCGCCCAGGGGCCGGCCUUGUCCCGGGCAGGGAGCGCGCGCCGGAAGGCAGGACCGCUCCUCCCCGCCGAGCUCCUGCGGACCCCCGGUGCUCAGGCGGCCUGGCUCGGAUCGCCGCCGCCGGGUCCGGCCGCCGAUAGUUCCUCCCCGGGACAGCCGGAGCCGUUCCGGCCUCGCCAGGGGGCCCACCCGGGAGCCUUUCCCCGCCGUCCCCGCCGCCCUGGCCCUAUCGCUCCUGGAAUCUCAGCGAGUUUCCAGUUUCUCCCCACCUCGGGAGGGAACCAAGCAGCAGAAGGAGUUCAGCUCCGAGCCGCAGAAGGCAUGUGGUCCAGGAGCCGACUGUGGCCGAGGGGCCGACCCCGAGGCACCCUCUACUCUGACCAGUGAGCCAGAGACUCGAAGCAAAAGGUGCCCGGGCCGCGCGCAGCAAACGCGGUGGCCGGGGGGCCUCCGAAUGGCGCACCGAGGGAUCCCAGGAGGGUCGCAGCCUCCAGCCCCACCGAGGGCCCUUUGCCCGGACCAGCCCGGAGCCGGUGGAAGGACGCACCUGCUGCGCUCGCGCCGCGCACACCUGGCCGCCCGUCCAGUCGCUGCCACCCAGCGCCGGGGGCGCUUGGCUUGUCUUCCGGCGCCCAGACCCUUCCUUUUGCGCCCGGGACCCGCACCCCAGACUCGCACGGAGAACCGGCCGCGCGCGCGACUUACCCGCGGGGCUCCCCGGCCGGGCGCUCUCCGCCCCUUGCCCUUCCUCCUCCUCCGCCUCUGCCUCCGCCUCCCCCGCCUCGCUCGUCUUCCUCGGCCCGGCGCGGAGUCCCCAACGCUCCCCGGCGCUCGCUUAAAUCCCGAGAGGCGGUGUCCUACUGCCCAGGGUGACACCCCUAAACGCGGUCCCCGGUGA